UCCUUUGCAAAUCUUGCCACAACAGCAUUUCACUUGACUGUUAGCGGGAGGUUCAAUUCCAUUGUCGAUCAAAGGCAUGUUAAUUGCUCCGUUGGGGCCAAUACCAUUGUUGUCGACACGUUUCCUACAGCGCCAAGUAUGGCGGCCUAACGAUACAAAAUCUUUGCCACAAGUUGCACAAACCACGAAUAUAGACAGGAACGUAAGCAAAGUGCAACGAAACAUGAUCGAAGUGAAACAAGGACGAUCAGCAACGUUAUGAAUCUCAAAAGUAUGGCAUAAAUACAAUUUCCAGGCUUAAAUUUCGACGUUUAAACAAGACAAGAGUAUUAAGAAUUAUAAUUAUAGAGAAUUAUAAUAAUAAUAAUAAUAAUAAUAAUAAUAAUAAUAAUGGAAGCAUUUCAUUUUCAAUUCAACUUAAACUACAAUUACAAAUCUCACUAUUACAACUGAGAAACUGAGAAAAAAAAAUAAAACAACUAAAAUUAAAAAGGAUGUAAUUCCGGAUUUGUCCAUGGCUUAUUUUUGCAACAAAAUAUGUAGUACGUAGUACAGAUGGCAAUGCUGGAAAGUUUAGAAAUGAGAUACCGUUUUUGUUGCUGAUCGAUGGAGAGAGAGUCCCACAUUUUGAAGAAUGAAUUGCAGGAAUUGCCGAAGAUGCCAAGAGAGCUCAUAGAAAGAUUAACAAAAGAGACACAUUUGAACUGCCGCUGUAAACCAGAUAAAAGAGGAGCAUACUUGCUGUGUUUUCUUGUAGCAUUUGUGUUAAGAUUGGAUUCGAAGCCAACAGUUAGCUCUAAAAUGUAGAGGUAAUUGUUGUUAGUCCUCAAGAGAAGAUCAGGGCGAAGGUUUUCUCCAGUUAUGAUUGAUGGUGAAAGAAAGCCAGGUAUAUCAGCGUAGACGGUAGAUUCAUUGACAGCUUUUAGUGACGUAGCUAGAAAGUUCAGGAUAGAGUUAUGUCGCCAGGUGUAUCGGCCUUGUUCUAGAUAUGUUUUGCAGCCAGCAACAACGCGAAGAAGGGUUUCUGGCAGAAAACAGAAAGAACAGUCAGAGGUCUGGCUCAAGUUCCAUUUUUUCAGGUUUUCCUGUGUUUUCCUUAUGGUGAAAUUGAAAAUAUUCUGAGGCAUGCUACUUUGCACCUUGGACCAAAGUUUGUUUAUAAUAAUAAUUUUUUUUAAACAUCUCAUUUUCAUUGAAUACAUUUAAAUUUACAAUUAUAUGACUCGCUUUUACAGGCAUCAUAUAAUUGGCUUAUCUGCAUUACAAUAUUUAAAAGUCAAUUAGUUCGGGGCUUAGCCAUAGUUUGUUUCGACGACAGAAGAUAUAGUAGGUGCAGCGGAUAGAAAUGUUCAUGAGUUUCAUCAAGAUGGAUUUAGUUUGAUUUGUGUCAAAAUUAAGUUCAUGUAGCAUGUCAGAGAGAGAGGUAGAUGAGGUUCCCAGAAUGCCAAGGGCACUCAUAGAAAGGUUAACAAAGGUAACACGUUUAUAGGCAGGGCUCAGUUCCUUGACAAGAUCGCUAUAUUUCCUAGCUUUUCAAGUAGUGUUUUCGUCGAUGUUGCUUUCGAACCCAACAGUAAGCUCUAGCAUGUAAAGGAUUCGAUCUUCAGUUACGAAGACAAGAUCUGGUCGAUAGGAGUCGCCUGUGAUUAAAGAAGGUGAUAGAGAUGAAGGCAGGUCGGCGUAAAGUGAGCUGUUUCUAGGUGUUGAAAGGGUUUUAGCCAAAUAUAGAAGUACAGAAUCAUGUCUCCAGGUAUACCUACCAUAUGCAAGAUAAUUCUUGCAGCUAGAGACUAUGUGCUGUAAUGAUUCUGAUUGGAGACAGAGAGAGCAGGCAGAUGACUGAGUAAUUGACCAUUUGCAGAGGUUUUUCCUAGUGGCAAGAGUGUUGUUUAGGUAUUUGAUAGUAAAGUUGUAAAUGUUUUUUGGUAACUUUUGCUGGACACUAGACCAAAGUUGAUUAGUUCCCUUAGAAGCAAAUUUCAAGAUGCACGAGAUAAUAAAUCCUUGAGAUGUAAGAACGUUUUCAAUGCGGUUUUCGUGUUCACUUUGGAUGGAUUUGAGAACUUGUUUGGUGUUGCUAUAAACGUCAUAUUGUAUGUUUGUACCAGUGCUAGAGUCUUUCCAUAAAGAGCGAAUCUCUUGGUUUCGCUCUUUAUGUUAGCAGGAAUAAUAAUAUAUAGAGUAUCAGACAAUGUUAUUAACUUUAUAGAAAAAUCUAUGACCAACUGGAAAGUACAACUGACAUCGUGUGGGGAAACUCUAGGGCUUGUAAAUAUUCGCAGAGGAAUAUUCCAAGGAGACAGCCUAAUUAACAGGAAGUGCAGGAAUUGAACUUGUCAAUGGGGAAAAGAUCAAAGAGGUUGGUGAAGAAGGGUAUAAGUAUCUGGGAAUAACAGAGCUAGAUAGAAUAAAAAGAGGAGAUGAAGAAGAUAUUUCAAAGAUAAUAUUUCAGAAGGGUUAGACUUGUCAUGCUGUCGAAACUCAAUGGAAGGAAUAAGAUUAAAGCGACAAAUACCUGGGCAAUCUCCCUGAUUCGCUAUGGAGCAGGAAUAAUUAAAUGGAGUAAAGACGAGCUAGAAAGUAUGGACAGAAGAACCAGGAAAUUAAUGAUAAUGAAUAAAGAACUUCAUCCUAGUAGCGAUGUAGCAAGAAUUUAUGUUAGCAGGAAAAAGGGUGGUAGGGGGCUGAUAAGUUGUGAGAAUUGUAUUGAAAAUGAGAAAAACAACCUGGCUCGGUAUGUGAAGCAUGCUAGAGGCAAUAUUAUGUCAAAAAUGAGAGACCUUGGGGCAAUGAAUACUGAGGAGGCAGUAGCACCAAAUGAACAUAAAAAUGAGACAAAAAGGCACUUGGAAAAACGAUGGAAAGUUAGGCCAAUGUAUGGGCAAUUUACUAAGAAUACUGACAGAAUUGAUUGGGAAAAAAGCUGGUCAUGGUUAAGGAACGGACAUCUGAAAGGGUGCACUGAAGCAUUAGUCUGUAGUGCACAGGAGCAGGCGCUGCGCACUAAUUAUACCAAGCACUACAUUGAUAAAACAAGUGAUACGUCUUUAUGUAGAAUGUGCGGUGACAAGAGGGAAACAGUUAGUCAUCUGGUGAGCGAAUGUGCUGAACUGGCACAAACAGAAUAUAAAAAACGACACGACAAUGUGGCAAGGUAUAUUCAUUGGUUGUUAGCGGAAAAGUGCGGAUUUGAAAGAGCCACAAAAUGGUAUGAACAGAAACCUGAAGGAGUUUUAGAGAAUCACAAGUUUAAGCUACUGUGGGAUUUUAUGAUUCAAUGUGAUAGGGUUGUUGAAGCAAGAAGGCCAGACAUUGUUGUUGUUGACAAGAAAAAAAAGGAUGUGAAGAUAAUCGAUAUUGCCAUUCCUGGUGAUAAUAGGGUAAAAGAUAAAGAACAAGAAAAAAUUGAGAAAUAUCAACCAUUAAAGGAGCAAAUCGGAAAUCUGUGGAAUAUGAAGAAGGGUGACAGUCAUCGGAAUUGAUGUAAAGUUACAGGUGAUAUAAAAGACAGCACUGCUAGGAACAGCUGAGACAGACAUUGUCUAUGUAAUUAACUUGAGAUGACAGAAUGGGACCUUUGUCAGCUUGUUGCUGACUGCUCCCUCCUAUAUUAUCCGGACCAAUUAACAUCUAGGUGUCUGUGAAUCACUUAAUUAGCCAUAAUAAUAAUAAUAAUAAUACCUUUUUUACUGUUGGUUUGACAAUAGUGUGAACACUAAUAAACACUAACAUGAAGCAAUUUUGCCAGUGCGAAAGUCGAAAUUGAUCUGAUCAGCCCAACUACCCCCAUACCCCCCUACCCCCCACCAAAGAUUUUUCAACGGAUUUCGAGAAAUUAGAAAGUCAACAUCGACUUCUGGGAAGACUGGGGUGGCGACGCCACUCCCCUUUACCAAGUCAUGGGGGAACAAGCCUCUUUUUUUAAGCGUCAAGGAAAAUAAAUUGAAUGAUUUUAAAUGCAUCAACUGGUCAUAAACUAUAGUAUAGUGUCAAUGUCCGUUUCAGUGUGAGUGACACACAACACUUGAGCAUCAUCCCCCGCGCAUGCGAAAUUAAGGGACCUAGAGACAAUAUGUAAAAAGAGAGCUUUUAACUAAUGUACGAGUAUUUCGAAAGAACUCUCAAUAAACGAAUCUCUGUGUAUUUUCAUAACUAAAUGUUGUGAAAUUUGUGCAUUCAGUAACCUAUGGGCCAGAGCUGGAGAGGUAGGCUUGUUUCCGAGGUAAUAGAGUAUAUUGCUCUUAACGCGUUGUAAUUGCUUCUCCCAAAUGAUGGAGACAACUAUAGUUUCAAUUAUGAAACGGGUCAUUUGAAAUUUACAAUGCUCCUUAUCCAAGGAGCCUUGAGCAGAUGAAAUGAUUCAAUUUCUGACAAUAGAAAUCUCCUUUCCUCGCAUUCAUUUGUUUAUCUUGUGAAUGAAGCAAAUUCCAUCAACAUUGUCAUCAACAAUCUGCUGCCGGUUGAUUGUUGAUCGUUUUUGUUUGAAGAUGGAUUGCUAGGCCACAUCGAAAUCAAUUUGUCAACAUCAGUAUUUAGCUCGACAUUACGGGUAUAAAGCGUGUAACGAUGCAAGCAUUGGGUAGCUGUAGAUAAAUGCAGAUUGAAGAGUGCAAGCAUG